UUUUUGGCACACUAAUCAGAUCGAUUCCGAUAUAGUAAAAGGCCUCCUUAAUUCCUCCUCGAGUUCACACACCCAUUUGUCUUAUCCUUAUCAUAUCUCUUCUAUAAAUUCAUUAUACUCUGCCCUCUCUCUGCCUCACAAUCUUAUCCUAGCUAUAUACCGUUGUAUUAAAAAAAUCAAAAGAUGGCCAAGAUCGCCACCCUGUUGAUGGUCGCCCUCAUCCUCUGCUCCACGCUGACCUACGCUGCCCGUCCAAACUCAGCUUUUUCUGGGGCAAUUCUAGCGGAAACCCAGCAUGGGGGCGGUAAGGGAGCAGAUCAUGGUGAUGAUCAUGAGCUGGAAAAUAUUGAGAGCUGUAAAGGAAUUGGAGCGGAGGAAUGCUUGGCGAGGAGGACGUUGGCUGCUCACAUCGACUAUAUCUACACCCAGAACAAGGGACAUCAACCAUGAAAUUAUCUACUUAUAAAAAAUAAUAAAAAGUAUUAAUAUUAAUGCUUGUUGCUGGUAAUUAAUAUGAUAUUUCAUGUUUCCUAUAUAUAUGUUUUAUUUUUCUUUUCCUAUGACACCCCAGCUCAUCGGCUCAUGAGCAAAAGUUUCUUUUUUGUAUGAAAUGGGAUGUCAUUUGAUUGCAACAUUUGACCCAUUCAUG